GGCUCAAGCUCCAGGAUCCUGAUAAACCACCAAUGGGGGUUGACUCCUGAGGACACACUGCAAGGUCGGAAUGUAUUAUUAUGGUCCAUGGUGGAUUUGGACUGUGAGAUAUGUAGGGUGGGAAUUCCUUGCUUAAGGAAUGCGUGUGAUCCCAAGUGCGCGGAAGGGAUCCAUGGGAUAUCAUGGGAUGCCAUCAAUCAAUGUUUGGCAAGCGGGUUUCACCCCGCUCGUUUCAAUUUCGACACGACUUGAUUGAGGAAAACUCAUCCCUCUCACACACACACAUGCUAUUCCAGCGAAGCACUGAGUGGCUCGCGUUCACUGAGAUCGAUGUUAUCUCGGGAUAGCAGGAUUAUCAUUGUGUUCAAAGAUGUUGGUGAGGUGAGGCAGGCAUGCAUGAGGUGGUUCUGCUGUGAUUUUCGAUCGAGGUCAGUGAGCAUCUUGAAUACAAUGGUGGUCGUGGCCUCUUUCGUCUUCAAUUCCCUCUCUAUGCUGGACGUGGCCGUCGCAGGAGUCCUGGUGGCUAUCGUCCAUUCGCUCUACACAAUCAUUUGUCGAGUUGUCUUGGGCUCCAAGCACUUCUGGCAGCUCACCUGUGUCACCUGGGAGGUCCUUCUCUCAAGCACCAAGCUCCUAGGUAGCAUUUUGGUGCUCGUGGUGGUGCAAGUGGAAGAGUUGGAGCAUGAGGUGAAUGGCGAAACGACCAUGACGGUGUCCCGGCCAAUGUUCUGGUGCUUUUUCGUGCUCUCCUUGAUCGUCCCGAGGGCAGUGGUCUACGUCUGGAGCGCUUGCCAACAAUGUGCGCGGAGGCAGGUCUCCAAGAAUCGAAAACGCUUCACCGAGGGCGACUUCGAUCUGGAUUUGGCAUACAUCUCCGGGAGGAUUCUGGCGAUGAGCUUUCCAGCACAAGACCUGGAGGCGCAGUUCCGGAACCCCAUGGCAGAGGUGCAACGCUUCCUACAGAGCCGGCACCCCCAGCACCGCGUCUACAACCUUUGCAAGGAGGAACAUCGGAGAUACGAUGAGACCUCCUUCUGGCAAGUGAGACGCAGAAUCACCUUCUUCGACCACAACGUGUGCCCGUUGCGGCUGCUCGUGGACUUGGUCGAAGAGCAACAUAGGUUCUUGGCCGAGGAGCCCAAGAAUGUGGUGGUGAUCCACUGCAAGGCUGGAAAGGGGCGCACAGGGCUGGUCUGCAGCUGCCUGCUGCUGCGGGAAGGCUUGCAGACGAGUGCCACCGAGGCCUUGGAGACCUAUGCAGAGCGCCGGACGCACGACCGCAAAGGGAUCACCAUCCCCAGCCAGAUCCGGUACGUGAAGCUCUAUGCGCAGAUCUUGCGCGAAGGCUUCAUCCGAACUCAGUCGGUUCGCCUCAAGAGCGUUUUGCUUCAGAACUUCCUGCAACUGCCUGGAUAUCGGUCCUCCUCUUUUCAAGUGGAGGUCCGGGAUCACGAGAAACACGUCCUCUUCAGCUCCGGCUUCGGCUGCGCGGCCUUCGCGCGCCAGGCGCGCGUCGACUCGGCGGAGUCCAAUGGCUCCGAGACCUCCGAUGGCGAGGCCGAGUCGUCGCAGGGCUCCGAGGUGGGCUGUGCGAGCCCUCCACUCGAUGCGGGGGCACGCCGAUGCGUGGGGCAAGCAGAUGCGGUGGUCCUUGAAUUGGAGAUGCCGCUGCUUCCGGACGACUUUCAGGUGGUGCUCAGGCGUCGCUAUGCGACCUGGUGCGGCCUGUCGCAGCAGGUGGAUGUGAUGUGCUCCUUCUGGCUGAACAGCGGCUACGUCUCUGAAGAGAUGCAUCUUCCGCUGGCCGAGUUGGACUACUGCCGAAGCUUGCAGCACUUGUGUGUUCCUGUGUCGAAUGUUCCAUCACCCAGCAUCCAACUUCGCUGUCGCCUUCUCUCGGCCGUGCUGGGCAUCCGAACCCCGCUGGGGGCGGGCCGCGUGGUCCAGGGCAGGUGCGAACGAACCCCAAGGCUCCCGAGGCCCGAUGAGGCCAGCGUGGUGUGCAGCUUUGAGUGCCGGGCGCUCUCAUAGCCAGACCGGAACGAGCACGCAGUGGUGGUGUGGAUCAAGAAUUGCCUGGUUCUAAAGAGAGA